GAGGUUAAAGACAGGGGCAUCGUUUUUAACAGAAACUUGUACAACUCUGCUGUAUUUAUCUUAAUCAGUUAAAUUGAAGCUAUAUUUAAAACAAACAACUUACUGAUAGAUUUGCCAGAUAGAAACCAGAUUUACUGAAUUUUGAAAGAGUUGUCCAGAUUUGCUAUAUAUAGAGAGAGUUGUAGCAUUCUCAGUGUUACUUUGGGAAAUGAAGUCAAAUGAUUCCACUGACUAUUGAAGUACAUAUUUAAUAAUAAACUGAUUGUGUUGUAAUAUCAUAUACCUGUAAUAAUAUGUUGCUGUGUUGUUAUAACAGAUUGGAGCAACAUACCACAAAUCUCAGAUACUGGACGAUGACGGUCAAUGGUCCGAGGGGCUUAUAUCAGCGGCCAAGAUGGUAGCUGCUGCCACUCACAGUUUGUGCGAGUCGGCCAAUGCCAUGGUUCAAGGUCAUGCUACAGAGGAGCGACUCAUCGCUUCAGCCAAAGAGGUCGCGGGGUCGACAGCCCAUCUCCUGGUCGCCUGCAGGGUCAAGGCCGACCCAGACUCAGUCGCCAUGAAACGCCUCCAGGCGGCGGGUAAUGCGGUGAAGCGUGCCACGGAGGUCCUGGUGAAGGCGGCCCAGCAGGCCAAGCAGAGAGAUGAGGACGAGGAUAUAAACGUGGCGGUCGACUCACGUAAAGUGGGCGGGAUCAAACAGGAACUACAAAUUCAAGAGGAGAUGUUACGGAAGGAGAGAGAAUGGAUCGAAGCCAGAGAGAAACUGGCCAAGUUCCGUAAACAGCGGUACAAGGACACGGGCCACGAUAGCGACUCAUCAUCCGCCUUCUAACGCCGCACGCUCCAGCUUUACUGUAUAAUGCGUAUAGUGCCUGUCACGUGUCUUAUGAUGUCAUAAUGGCUUCCAUGUCAGCUGUCCUUGUGAAGGUCAAGGUGACAAGCAUCUAAGUGAUUGAGAAUUUGAAGGGAGUGAGAGUGUUUGAGAUCUGGGUUAGGGUUGCAUUUUUGUGGGUGUGAUUUUUGAAUAUAGAUGUGUAAGUUUGUAUACUUAGAAUGAUUAAUGAUGGAUAAUGUAUUCAGAGGAGAGAAAUUUGGAAUUGAGAAGACAGAGACUCAGAAAGAAAGGAUUCUCAAUAACCAUAUCAUAUAUAUAUGUAGCUGCUGAUUACUUGUUAAACCAGUUAUGUCACAUAUUGUACGGGAUUUUACAGAAUUGUUUACCAACCGUGCAAAAAUUUAUCUAUUUUAAAUAGAAGCAGUUGUUAUUCGACACUUGAUUAUUUUUGGAUUUUUUUCUGCAAGCAGACUUGUUUUUUUUAUAGAAUAUAAACAUGAAGUUUUCCGAAUCUGAUAGAUUAAAUCUACACUGUUUUAAGGUAGCCAAUUGUGAUAUGGUGUUACAAAUGAUAGAUGAUAUGGUGUUACAAAUGAUAGAUGAUAUGGUGUUACAAAUGAUAGAUGAUAUGGUGUUACAAAUGAUAGAUGAUAUGGUGUUACAAAUGAUAGAUGAUAUGGUGUUACAAAUGAUAGAUGAUAU